AUGGAGGUUUCCUUGGGAUUGCAAGCUUCCAGUCAGACCUUUUGUCUGCCACAAUCUCCAGAAUUCCCCAACUGCUACACCAAGCACUCUAACAGCAAACCUCAGAAAUCUGCAUCCAGCAGGAACAGCAAGGCUAAGGGCCAUGAGCAGGAAAAGACCAAGAGGAACAGAGAAAACAACUCCAGGAAAUCCCAGGAGAGGAAGCAGCCAGGCAAUAAAGUCAAGGCAGAAGAGAAGCCAACCAUGCCGAAGAUGAAGCAGAAGAGAAACCAACCUAAGCUUUACCAAGAGACCUUUAAAAAGCUGAGGGGGGGGGGGCUGAGUUGUUUGCACACAAAAGGUGUGACAGAGUAG